CCAUCUUGACAUUUUCAACCUUUUUUUGUGGUUUUGUCUAGUCCAACUUAGUUGCUCCAAUUUGCUCGAUACUGUCACGAAUAGAACGAUAAUUCCUUCUCUCUUUUUUUUAUUAAAAAGAAAAUCACAAUACUACCAACGGAUUUUGACAAUACGUCACUCAAAUAUAUUAACCUGCGGCGCUGUGUGACCUCGUUGGGGCAUUCCUGGUUAUACCUGGACGAGUUGUGUCGGCAGACUGUUACAUACACCCAUCUUCGGCCCUUUUAUUUCCUCUUUGUACUCGAUAAACCCGACCGUUUCCUCAGUAGACUACACCACGAACACGCACUCUCACCCACAGGCUUGCUGCGCAAUCUGUGGUUUGAAAACCGACAUACCACAAAAUGCCCGAUCACGAGAAUCUACAGGCUUCUGAGCCCGUCAUCCAGAAUACCUCAACCACAGCAGCUCUCGAAGCUGCCGUCAGCACCCCUCCACCACUCUCGACACCUAUACCCAUCAUGUCGUCCUCUCCAGCUCCUCUUCGACCCGCACUCGCAGGCGGCAGACCGAGCGGUGGACGAACACCGAGACUAGGCCUAGCUAUCCCACCAUCUCCUAAUGUUAAGCCCGUAGGCACCCCUGGCGUUCCGUCGCGGCCUCAGCUCACUGUCCACGUCGCUACUCCGAUGGGUAGCACGGUCGCACCAUAUGAGCAACAUCGACCUACAAUUCAGCCGGGACAAUCCGCAAGCGGUGGUAGCGAAAGCAGCGCAGCGCACUCGCGAUCCGGCAGUUUCGGUCCUCUCGACGGAAGAGCUAGCAACCCUACAUCCGCAGGCUCCCAAUUCUCUGCACUAUCGUUUGCGUCACAAUAUGGCAUUGGAUCAAGACCUCAAGGCACGCCAGACCCUAUAUCCGCUGUUGGUUCUAUCUACUCUGAGAGAAGCGAGGGGGGUAUUGGCAUGGAGCGAGAUAGCAGCAUGCAGGGCCUCGAGGAUAGCUUCGAUAAGAUGACCUUGGAGAAAGCAAGAACUGCGGAUGUAGAUGAGCUCGAUGACAAUGGCUGGAGAAUUGCAAGCGCAGAAAACAGGAUUGUUGAGUUAGGCAGUCUAGGCGAAGGUGCCGGCGGCGCCGUCACGCGGUGCAAGUUGAAGGGUGGAAAGACAGUAUUUGCAUUGAAGGUCAUUACCACAAAUCCAGACCCGGAUGUCAAGAAGCAGAUCUUCCGUGAAAUAAACUUCAAUAAGGAAUGCGCAUCGGAGCAUAUUUGCCGAUAUUAUGGAGUUUUCGGCGAUCCUGCCACUGCCACUAUUUCUAUCGCUAUGGAGUUUUGCGAGGGCGGAUCCCUCGAUAGCAUCUACAAAGAAGUCAAGCGACUUGGCGGCCGAACAGGCGAGAAGGUUUUGGGAAAGAUUGCCGAGGGCGUCCUCCGAGGAUUAACCUAUCUCCAUAGCAAGAAGAUUAUUCACCGAGAUAUCAAGCCAUCGAAUAUUUUGCUGUGUCGUAACGGCGAAGUCAAACUGUGCGACUUUGGCGUGUCAGGCGACUUUGGAACCAAGGGCGAAGCUAAUACCUUCAUUGGCACGAGUUAUUACAUGGCACCGGAGCGUAUUACAGGUCAAAGUUACACUAUCACGUCAGAUGUUUGGUCAACUGGAGUCACACUUCUUGAGGUGGCCCAGCACCGAUUCCCCUUCCCGGCUGACGGGACCGAGAUGCAACCUAAGGCGGGUUUGAUCGAUCUACUAACCUACAUCGUCCGACAACCGAUACCGAAGCUCAAGGACGAGCCGGAUGCUAACAUAUUCUGGAGUGAUAGCUUCAAGUAUUUCAUCGAGUGCUGUCUCGAGAAGGAACCAGCCCGUCGAGCAAGUCCGUGGAGAAUGCUCGAGCACCCAUGGAUGAUGGAGAUGCGGACGAAGCGGGUAAAUAUGGAAAGAUAUCUAUCUCAGGUUUGGGGAUGGGACGAUGUGACGAAAUCCUAAGCUACAAGGAAUAGCUUGAAAUAAGCGACCCCUAAUCCUCUCGCCCAGGACAAAACGGCUACCAGGCGUCCAAGCCUGCUAUGAUACCCACCCGCAUAACCUCAUCUUGACCUAUUUAAAGGCAAACAGCCAGCUAACACUAUCGCACGUCGCUUGCGCACCACCGCCAGCAAGCCAUAAUUACACAGCAUUUAGAUUACCAGUAUCGGAGGGUGCGUCACUGCUUAUUGCGCCAAGGAACACACAUGACUGGGAUACUUGAAAGGGGGGCGAAGCAGCUGGAGGAGGCGAACGUAUAUCAACUCGUAUAUAUUACUCACACAUAUUUAGGGAGUUUGGGGAUGGGGACCGUAAGAUUCAAGGGGCCGAUUAGGUUAACAUGGAAUAAAAAAUGAUUACAUGUGCUAGCAAGGCAUAACGUUAGGUACAUAGGCAUUCAUCUACGUACCUUGAUUGAAUCUUUAUUUCAUGGUUUCCUUGGUGAUGUGAUGUAUAUCAUGUCAGCGGCGGAGUCUUGUACGCAUUUCGGCCAGGCUAUUUCCAAGUAAAGAUAAUAUAAAGAUAAGAUAUAUAACAUAUACCCCUUCGUAAAUUCAAGGUGUACUAGGUACAUGUGCUUCCUGACUACUAUGUACCUAUUAGGUUAGGUUAGUAAU